GUGAAAGAAGGAGGAAGAGGGAGGGAGAGGAGGAGUGGAGAGGAGGAGAGCGGAUCCGGUGGAGGGCCGCCAUUACCGCGAAAGCAAGAAAAUCCCACUUUCACCCACCAACCCACCCACUUGCGCGCGCGCACACACGCGCACACACACACGCUCGCGCGCGCGCACCCCUGCGCUCGUUCACGCCACGCUGCCGCACGUUUCUCUACGGGCUUUUUUAGGAUAUUUCCGCGGUCGUUUUUUUUUUCGCACGGAGACUCUCUCUCUCUUUCUGUCUCUCCGUCUUCAUGUCCCCGGGAUUAAUCUGGAUGUCAUGCCGACAGUAGCAGCAGAAGGGCCGACGCCGAUACCGACGACGGGCGCGCGCGCGCCUGCUCGCCCCCGCGCCGCAUAGGAUGGAGCCUCGGCGCAUAUUUAUUACAGCUACAACAACAAAGGAGCACAUCCUCAUGAUCCAUCAGGAGAAACGUGGGCCAGCCUGAGGACGCGUCCGAGCCGAGGAUUUAUAUCCGUUUCUACAUUUAUAUCCCUUCUUCCUCUUCUUCUUUUUCAGCAUUAAUCCUCAAUCCGGGUUCACCCUUCAUGGAUUUUUCUUUCUUUUUUUUUUUUUUUUCCAGCCGGAAAUCUAAAAUAUAUUUAUAAUAUUUCCCAUUUCAUUUAAUAUCCAUGAAUCACAUUUAAUACGGUUUAUACCCCCGAAAAAGAACACAUUUAUAUUAUUAAAAGUGUGAAGAAUUUAAUAGAGAAAUAAAAGCGGCCUGGAGAAGCACGAAGAGCGGAUACGGGCGAAAUAAUGAAUGGACAUCUGUAAAGAGCAACUCUGAAAACCCUGAUAUUUGCGAUCAAGCCACGCCCACACGGUUAUCAAGGUUGCUUCUGUAUCCUAGGUUCUUUAAUAUGGGCAAGAAACACACCAUCAAUAUUGGUCUGCUUUGAAGCCAGAGAAAACACUGUGCAGCAGAGAUGAUCGAAUAAAUUUGUGCUUAUAAACAAGUCCACGAGUGAAGCCUGUGUUACCCCUUACUGCAUGGCAAGAUGAGUGCCUGCAAACGAUGAUGGCUAAAAAGCAAGAUUCCCGGGUGCCUACCUACAACCUGGUUGUAGUUGGUCUGUCAGGCACUGAGAAAGAGAAGGGCCCAUGUGGAGUCGGCAAGUCUUGCCUUUGUAAUCGCUUUGUCCGCUCGAGUGCCGAUGACUUUCACCUCGAUCACACAUCUGUUUUGAGUACCAGUGAUUUUGGUGGCCGAGUUGUCAACAAUGACCAUUUCCUGUUCUGGGGGGAGGUGGAGCGAGUAUUGGAGGAUGGCAGCGAGUGUCGGAUGCAUGUCGUGGAGCAGACCGAGUUUAUUGAUGACCAGACAUUUCAGCCACAUCGUAGCACAGCUUUACAGCCUUACAUCAAAAGAGCUGCCUCCACCAAACUGGCCUCUGCGGAAAAACUCAUGUACUUUUGUACAGACCAGUUGGGCCUGGAACAGGACUUUGAGCAAAAACAAAUGCCAGAGGGAAAGCUGCAGGUCGACGGAUUCUUACUCUGCGUUGAUGUAAGUCGAGGGAUGAACCGCAGCUUCGACGAUCAAAUGAAGUUUGUUACCAACCUGUAUAAUCAUCUAGGUAAAACUAAAAAGCCCGUUGUGCUGGUUCUCACGAAAUGCGAUGAAGGAGUUGAGCGAUACAUCAAGGAUUCGCAUACGUUCGCCAUCAACAAAAAGAACUUGCAAGUUGUCGAGACGUCGGCUCGAUCCAAUGUCAAUGUGGACUUGGCUUUCCUUACCCUGAUUCAGCUCAUCGAUAAGGGAAGGGGCAAGCAUAAAAUAAUCCCUUAUUUUGAGGCUUUAAAACAUCAAAGUCAAAUAAUUGCGACUGCAAAGGACCGGUAUGAAUGGUUAGUGAACCACAUGGUUAAGAGUCACAGUGAGACGUGGCCCAUCAUAAGCCGCCGUAUGCAGCCAGCACCUGAAUACAAGGAAUAUGUGUUUUUAGAAGGUACAGCUAAAGCAAAAAAGCUUUUUCAGCAGCAUGUUCACCGACUCAAACAGGAGCACAUUGAGAGACGCCGUAAGGCAUAUUUAAAUGCUCUCCGACUGGCCUUGGGUUCCUUAGUGUCAGAACUGUCUGAAAUUGAACAUUUAAGCUGGGCCGGGGUUCAGAAAGUACUUGAGUCCAAAAAGGACUUCGACCAUUGGUUUGUGGUGCUCGAGGAUGCACCAUGGGAGGACACCCCACACCUUGACAAUAUGGAAGAUGAACGUAUACCCUUUGAUGUGCUGGAUACCACGGCUGCAGAAAUCAUAUUCGAUGCACAUCUCGAGCAUUUGCGUAACGAGUGCAAGCGUGCGGAGAUGCGGCAUGAAUUCAAGAUGAAGCUGGCGUCCUCACCUUUUGUCACCCCUGGUAAGCCAUGGGAAGAGGCCCGGAGCUUCAUAAUGAACGAAGACUUUUAUCAGUGGUUGGAGGAGCCGGAAUAUUUGGACAUCUAUAACAGGCACCAAAAGGUGAUCAUAGACCGGGCGAAAGAGGAUUUCCAAGAACUUUUGCUGGAGUACUCCGAGCUUUUCUAUGAGCUUGAAGUAGAUGCUAAACCGAGUAAAGAAAAGAUGGGCGCAAUUCAGGAAGCACUGGGAGAAGAGCAACGCUUCAAGGCAUUACAGAAACUGCAGGCAGAACGAGAUGCCUUAGUAUUAAAGCACAUCCAUUUUGUUUACCACCCAACCAAGGACACUUGCCCGAGUUGCCCGUACUGCAUUGACAACAAGAUUGAGCAAAUAUUAGCCUCGUGCUUCCCUAUGCGCUAUCCUUCCUUCGGAAAGUCUCAAAUGCACGAAAGCAAAGCAGAAAGGAUUAACCUAGUGAUUCUUGGCAAAGAUGGUUUAGCGAGAGAGUUGGCUAACGAGAUUCGGGCGAUGUGUGCUAACGACGACUAUUACGUGCUAGAAGGCAAAAUAUAUGAGCUAAUACUCAGGCCUAUUGAGGGUAAUGUUAGGCUUCCUGUUAACUCUUUCCAUACCGCUACAUUUACCCCACAUGGGUGCCUGUGUUUGUACAAUUCCAAGGAAUCCUUGUCUUAUGUUUUAGAAAGUAUCGAGAAGUUGCGCGAGUCCACACUCAGCAGAAGGGAAAACCACAUAGCUCAGCUUCCUUUGUCGCUCUUGUUAGUCACUAAGAGAGGUGUAGGAGCUUUGAGUGACCUUGGUGGGGAGACGGCCCAACUCCUAAUCGCACAGGGUCAGCAGGUAGCCAUGAAACUGCAGUGUGAAUUUUUGGAGCCGGCAUCCCCUGGCUCGGGCUAUGGGCGGAAUGUGAACGAGAAACAGAUAAACCAAGUAUUAAAGGGUUUGCUAGACACAAGAAGGAAUGCUAUGUAUCGUAGCGGUUCCCCGUCUUCACCCCCUUUACCUCCCAGUGUCAGAGACAUGCAGCAGGAUCAGAAUCCAGAGGCAGACUUACGUAUUGUCAUGUGUCUUAUGUGCGGAGAUUCCUAUGAUGUAGACCAACUUCUCUCACCCUUCUUACUGCCUCGGCAUUGCAGGCCAACCAAUUCCAGUGGUAACUCAGUGGUGCUCGAGCAGACGAUUGGGGACAACAGGCUAACGAUAGAGCUGUCCCUGCUGUCAUAUCAUGCUGCUUUUACCAUGCGCAAGAGUCGACUUGUACAUGGGUACGUCGGUGUUUACUCUGCUCGCCGCAAAGCCUCGUUGGAAACCUUGUGUGCCUUACUCUGUGAGGUUCCGGACAUUGUUCCUGUCCAGCUCCUAGCUGUGGGAGAAACAGAGACAGAACUUACUGACUCGGAAUCUGCUCGAGAGCUAUUGGUCCAGGGUGAAGAACUGGCCCAUGAAAUCGAGGGUCGGUUUGCUAGUGUGGUCUGUGGACCGGGUGGAGUUGUGGGAGGACUGCACAGAAUAGACCUUUUACAAUCGUUUUUUAUGGAAGUAGCAGAGAAGAAGUCUCUUGUUGAGGCAACUCAUGUAUACGAUAAUGCAGGAGAGGCCUGUAGCACAAAUGAGAAUGUGUAUUCACCCCAUUGUGGGUCGCCUAGCCCUGUAACUAUGCUGUUAGAUUACGAGGAGGACAUGGAAGCUUCUCCGCCUUACUUCGAUAGCACCCUCACCUCUCAUAGCGGCUUCAAGCUCCCUGACUUGGACUCGGGUGACACGUUCUCUGUCAUCUCUGAACUCAGUUCAUUUGAAAACAAGUUGAACAACAAAGUCCCUUUACAUACGAGACCCAAACCAAGUGUCACUUUUGAUAUCAGAAAGCACAACUUCAACCCCUACAUGGACACUAGCCAUCGGCGGUCUCUUACCUCCAACGUCACCUGGCCUCCCUGCGGGGACGGAGUGUACGAUCCGUCUGACUAUGCCGAGCCGAUAGAUGCUGUUUCCAAGCCUCGAACCAGUCACGAGGAGAACAUAUACUCGGUGCCCCACGACAGCACGCAAGGUAAAAUCAUCACCAUACGAAACUCCAACAGAAUGCACUCUAACGGAGGUGUGAAUGGCUCGGAUAGCGAAGGGGAUGGCAGCUCUUUGGAGCGACACAGGAAGUUCUCGUCUGCAGGAGUAAAACCACGAUUGUACCGAGAUCGAUCCAAGCGCCUAGGCAAGUUCAGCAGCUUCCGCACCAGUUUUUCCAUCGGCAGUGAUGAUGAGUUUGGUGGUCUUCCAAAAACAAAGGAGGAUGACGUGACGGUUUUGAAAGGAGAAUCGCUGAUCGAGGAGGGGGAUGAUAAGAAAAGGAACAUUUUGAGGAGCCUUCGUCGACCAGGCAAAAAAACCAGACUAAAGCCUCGACACUCUAUCUCCAAACCUCUGGAGAGCACUUACUUUGGGGUACCAUUAGUUAAUGUUGUGUCACCUGACAGACCCAUCCCAUUGUUCAUCGACAAAUGUAUCCGCUUCAUUGAGGCCACAGGAAUAACCACAGAGGGUUUAUACAGAGUGAGUGGAAACAAGUCAGAGAUGGAGAGCAUGCAGCGCCAGUUUGAGCAAGACCACGGUCUGGACCUGGUAGAGAAGGACUUUCCAGUGAACACAGUAGCUGGAGCUUUAAAGAGCUUUUUCUCUGAGCUGCCUGAUCCGUUGGUCCCAUACAGUCUACAAGUAGAGCUGGUGGAAGCUUUCAAGAUAAAUGACCGAGAGCAGAGACUCCAAACCAUGAAGGAUGUUCUGAGGAGAUUUCCUCGAGAGAAUUAUGAAGUUUUCAAACAUGUCAUGGGCCACCUGAACAAAGUUAGCCAGUGGAACAGGGUCAAUCUGAUGACCAGCGAGAACCUGUCCAUCUGCUUCUGGCCCACGCUGAUGCGUCCUGACUUCACCACCAUGGACGCGCUCACGGCCACACGCACCUACCAGACCAUCAUCGAGACGUUCAUCCACCAGUGCGCCUUUUUCUUCUACAACCAAGGUCCCAUCGAGUCUCCCACAGGCCUCUACGGCACCCCGGCGCCCUCUGCCCUGCCCCCUUCGCCCAGCACAGCCUCAUCGUGCACCCCUCCGCCACCCCACUUCAGCCCGGCGCUGCAUUCGCCCCCUAGCUCGCCCCCUCAGAGCCCCCUCACUAUCCCGGCAGAGACACACACACUGUGAGACAGGGAGAACACACACACACACACACACACACACACACACACACACACACACACACACACACAUACUAAAGCUAAUGAAUGCUCGUAUCUGCUCACAUAUGCUGCAGUCUUUACAUAUACACUUAGCGCAUAAACACGCCGAAACGUGCGUAUUUAAAUUUGCAUGUAGCGACUGGAACCGGUGGCGUCUGAGAACCCGUGAAUGAUUUCCGUUCCGCACACACUCGAAACUGUACUGUGCCGACUACACACUUAGACACACUUGCACGCACACACACACACACACACACUCCUCCAGUCUCAUUGGGGCCCAGGAUUAAACCAAGUUUACGUCCUGAGUGUGCCGUUUUCCUGUUCUUGUCUUGUCUCUCCAUUUAAAAAAAAAAAAAUAAUAAUAAUUCUUUCGCUCCCUCGUUUAACUCUAUCCAGCCAUUCGUCCUUUUCUGCUUUCCUGAUCUCGGACUGUAGCUGAUUUUAUUUUUUUUCCUCGUUUUCAGACACAUAUGAAGGAAACCCAGUAGGGAGACGCACUACAAAUGGAGAUCCGUCCAAGCACUUAUUCGAAACACUCUUUCAUUAAGUUAAACAGACACUUGGAGAGAGUGCUGAGUUACGGUUAAAAUAAAGAAAUAAAUAAAAAAAAAAAUGUGGGAGGAAAAAGAGAAAAAUUACUUUCGUUGCAUGCUUUCGCAAAAGAUGAACUUCUUUUUUUAGUUCCCGUGUUGAUUAAAUCUACCUGAUCCCUUGUUAAAAGACGGCAUGGAUUUGAAGAAGAAGAAGAAAAAAAAAGGACAUCCAAGAUGUAUGAAAUUUCAGCUUCUUCUGCCCCCACACCCAAUCUCCCCAUCCCCCUCUGUAAUAGUAUGAAGCUUUGACCAUUCUGCUUUUAUCGGUUCCUGUGGAUCUGUGCUCCUUUUUUUUUGAUGGGAUGUGAUUGGAGGAAUCUGGAACCACAGGGUUUUGAUCGCUCCGAGACUUUUAAUGACUUUUCACAUUUAACUUCUAAACCUUUAACCUUUUAGUCAAGAACCCUCUAAACUUUAAAAAUGGGAUAUGAGAGGAAGAAAAAAAAAACCACACGCAUACACAAGGGCCUCUGUUUUUGUCACUAAUAUAAAGCACUUUGAUUUGUUUUUUGUUUUUUUUUAUUUAGGCCUGAAUUUGUAAAAAGAGUAACACUGAAUUGCAUUUGGUGUAGCCUGUGUAGACGGGGAAAGUCGGUGAUCCUCAUCAAGCAUUUGUUCAUCUCUGUACUGGAUUUUCCAUGUAUGUCUGUGACAUUAAGACUAAACUGCAACUAACGUAGACACAAUCUUCUAAUGUUAUCAUUUUGAGCGGAGUCGCAGCGCGUGCACUCGAAGCUACGCUGCGGUGCCGUCACCCUGGUUCUCCAGUCCUCCGACUCGUCUCGCCGCAUUCUAUCAAUCCGUAAGGUGUAUAAGGUUCUGUUAACUGGUUUUGUGUAGAAUGUAAAUGACGUCUCUUUUGAUAACACGAAGCCUUUCUAAAACGGACAAGGUGUCAUUUUGUCUUAAAUCCUAAACGUGUUCUGGUUUGGCAGGAGAUUAAAUAGGUGAAUUCUACAAGUAAAAGCACUGGGAUGCGAUAAUACUGAAGAUACGGCGAGGAGAAGAAUUCAACAUCUAUUCAUGUUCACGAGGCGGCAUCAAAAACGUUUCGAGACUCGCUCUGUUUACAAGAAAUGCUUUGUUUAUCUACGUUUACACACUUGUCACCUUCAAAAUAGUCCCCUUGCACGGCAAUACAGCGCCCCCUCUGGACAGCGAACGGUUCUUAAAAACGACUCGCAUGUCAAAGGUCUCUGGCAUAUUUGCUCAGUUUCAUGCUGGAUUUCAUGUUUGCUCUUUGUUCCAUCUUGCUGUACAUGACAGACGUGGAAACGCACGUGAUCAGAACAGCGCCGUUAGUCUCGAAACUUUUUGACACCACCUCGUAUACAUACUAGGUAGAGGUCGACCUAAAAAAAAAAAGUAAAUCAUUACUGAACUUCCUAAAAAUUUAAAAACGCAGUACAUCAUGAAAAUGUGCUGAAGGAAAUAAAUAUAUUAUACUGCGCAGGAGAUCCCAUUGUUUUCAGGUGUUCAUAUUUAACAAUAGAUUAAAUGAAAAGGGACAAUAGUAACCCUGAAAAACUAUAUCAUAUUAAAAAUCUAAGCCUCAAGCAUCGAUUUAAGAUCACGUUUUUUUAAUGGAAAACAUAACGAAUGUAUUUGCGGAACGUGUGUAAGCAGAACACACAAACAACAUGCAUUAAAAAAAAAAUGCAGUAUUUAAACAAUUAUUGUAAUAACAAGUCACAAACACGUCCACUGCCGUAAAGCAUUACUGCUCCAACCAAACAUUAAUCUGUUUCGAAUGAACUUUAAUCAAAAACAAACAUGACUGGUAGAAUAUAGUGUUAAAAACAAAUGAGCCCACCAAAGUGAAAGACAUGCAGAAGCAUCCACUCACUCUGCAGGUGUGGUGGUGGUGACGUUUCUUCUGCACCACCUAUCAUUUCAAACCGUUUAUUUCCAGCAAGUAGCAGUGUGGAAACGUGAUUGAUGGAAAAUGUAGCCAAUAAAAGUGCAGGAUUCUAA